UCUGUUUCCUCUUUCUUGUCGCGACAUCCGGAAUCAUGCCGUAUCAAGAUAGGGCAAGCUUUCAACACGUACGCAUCCAUCGGCAAUGCGGAGCGUGUGGGUUUCUAUUUGGUAUCGGAGACCAUUUGGUCGCACUGCGCGCCUCUUCAACGCGCAUUGUCGCCCUUGAUGCAUCGACAUUUGCAGCAACAGGAAUGCCACAAAUCCGUGACCCUUACCGCUUUUGUCGGCAUCCGCAUUGCGAAAUGUGCUCGGCGGCUGCAGAGACGGCGACCGUUCAUAGGGAUUGUUUCAACCUCUACAGCUCGCGAACAGAACUUCCAGACAAACUAUCCAGAUUGCUGAUGUAUUCACUUGCGAGGUAUCCGUGGCCUCAAAGCACGGCCCUUCUCCUUCCUCCGAUCGCGGAUAUCACGCGCGCCAGCAAGCAUGCCACCACGCACGCCAUUGCUAAUUUUCAUCUGCGCAAACUUGCAAAACUUCCCACUGAACUGAUCACAAUGAUUUCGGGAUAUCUUGGGCAACACGCCCUACUGCGUUUGUGUUGCGUGCUUGAGACCAUCGACUUCGCAUACCGCAAAGACGUUGACACCCCCCUUUCGCGGCCACUUCGCCAAGUUCAGUUCUGGCAACGUGGAAAACUUCCAGUUACAGCUACAACAGGCUCAUCCAAACCACUUCAGAUGACGAUUGAUUCAAGGGGCAUUAAAUGCAUAGAGAGAUCUGGGUGCUUGACCGCUCAGCUGCGGUCAACAUUUGAUUUAUACGCCACUGUUAGCGCUGAUAACGACUUGACAAUUAGCUUUCAGUUCGGUGUCGGCCGGCUUGCAACGCCCCGAAGGCCAGCAAAGCUCCAACUUACGGACACGCCUAAUUUGUCACCAGAGGCGGGCUUUCAAUUUCCGUCUCCAAAACACGGUGGUCGACUUACGACUAUUGAUCUAGACCACUGCUCAGGAAUCACUUUCUUCCUAUCUAAGAGGGUCUUGCUUGCGAUUCAUGCUCAUACUCCCAUGGCGCCGACCGCAGAUACUACCUUCGCAAAAGUCGAAUCAAUGAUUCAGCCGUUCUUGUCGUGGUUCUACGUGCCAAAUCCACCUCGAGAUAAGAUCUCAGCCUUUGGAGUUCGAAUCGGAACAGAACAAGGCGAACUUCAGUUGAAUCAACGGACAUAUCUUGUCAGAACACCUCAUAGAGGGGGUUUUUACAUUGGUCCACCACCCACUGGCUCGGGACAACAAUAUGCCGUCCACACUACGUCGCGAUCGACUCUUCUGUCAGUCGUGGCGCGAAACAACUCCGUCGUCAUUCGUGGGGUGUUGAGAGAAGGCGAAGCCUGCUCAGUUGUCGUCCCUCCAGCCCCGGCAAACCCUCCAUUUCCAGACGCACUCCAUGCACUGGCUACGCUAUCGUGCGUGAAAUCUAUCUGGAUAUUCCGCGACGAGGAAUCUCGAUUCUGUCGGGGCCUUAUUGUUGAGUAUGAUGACGGCACGGAAAAGGCUUUGGGGCAGUGUCGCAUAGGGGUUGAUCUAGCCGAGAGAUGUGGGGCUGUGGAACAGCUCUCAUUCAAGGUUGUUCAGCAGCAAGAGCGCCCAGGUAAGCGAAUGGCAAUGGUGAUGGUGAUGGUGAGAGGUUCCCGGUCACAGGGGAGUGACGCUUGCGAUGAUGGGCAAUGGACGGUUUGCUCUCAUGGGGACACGUUGGAGGUUUGGGCGACAGCAACACAAAUGGUGAUGACUAUAACGAAGCUAACUGACAGCAAUUCCCCGGAUACACGAGUAAACGUACUCUCAGACUAGAAGUAGUUGUUCUGAGCGUUGAAAGCCCAGAUGCGGACCCUGGGCCCGCAGACACUGCACGUCCACAUUCUUUCCCGUUCGGGGUGUUCUGUGUAGUACUCAUAACAAGCGGAGUAUAGGACGUCUUGUGGCCCAGCUCUGCCCUUCUUCAGCUCGACCAUGACCUGGAUAACCAACUCCCGGCCGCUAUACCGUUCGAUGAUAAGGUCGACCCGUCUCCUAGAAUGCAGUUGUACUGGAGGCUGCUCUGAGCCGAUGACAAACUCCUUUUCGGAGAAAAUCUCCUUCGAAAAGAGAUGACCCCACAAUUUUUUAGUUGCGAACUCAUCGAACCUCAACGAAUCGUCAAUUAGUAUUUUAACCGCAGGGUCAUUUGAUAUAGCCAUGGUGAAUAUGGCGCUUGCUGGCGGGGUGGGGGGGUUCGUUGCAAGAAUGAGAGGUGGGAGAGGGAGAGAGAGAGAGAGUGUGUGUGUGUUUAACGGACGAACCCCAAUUGCGUACCAACGUGAACCUGCAAUUUAUACUAUUGGCAGAGCUUCGUUGUCGCCGGAUCAUGCCCAUGACACAAUUAUUACCCCAACGAUUUGGCCCAGGGUUCGGACUAUGCGCCGACGGAUGGACAGGGGCUCCGAAGCUGGCGUUGCGGGGGCUAAUCCCCCGGAAGGAGCAGUUGGGUGGGCACGGCCAUGCACACCGGGGAACAGGUGCGGCUGCAGCCGGUUGGUAGCCAAAAGACGCCCUUAGGGCACACGUCGCCGUCUGGCCCCGACUCAACUGGCGACACGCUGGAGAACAGCGCCACACCGGGCGCCAAAAGUCGUGUAGGGGAGGAUCCACUUCUAAGUGUACCAUGCAGUUCGCAGUACACCCAAGGGUGGCCCAGCGCGGCAACCCGUCGAACGCCAGAAAGUUUCCAGUACUUCGCCCGAGGCGAACGCCUACAGAGCCGCCCGCCUGCGGCAUCCGAAGCGUGUCAGUCUGCCUUGCUCUGACUCGUGAAGCUGGUCGCUCCUCAACAGGCAUUGCCAGCUUUGCGUGAUCUCUUGAGUCCGCUUCACGUAGUUCUCAGCAGACCGCACGAAUACAAUCUCAUGCGAUCUUGAUCGACCAUUCGCAGCUCAUCGUAUCGAUCAGCAGCUCCCGUUUCAGGUCGUGCUUCGGCAGACUGCCAACAACCCGCAUUGUGAUGCUCCGCGAUUGUUUGCCGUGAUGAAUGCUCUGAACCUGGCUCUAAGGGUGGGUUUUGCCGUAGCGGGAAUCACAAGACCUUGUCCAUCUUCUGUAGGCUCGAUGAUCCGCCACCAGUUUGCCCUCACCCGUCACACUGCACGUAAAUGCCCGCGAUCUGCUCGGCCCAGUUAUGAGCGUGGCGACUAGUCAGCGUAGUCGCGAGCACACUUCGCACCCUUGCAGGACAUCGGUAUGUGACGGUAAAUCUUUACUCUCGUAGAGCCUUGCAUAUGUUUGCCUUCACCGUGGCUACCUGGUCCGUGACGAUCUUACACAAAUAUGCUCUCGCUGGUCCAGCCAAGUUAACUUCGCCCUCUCCGCGUAUGUAGUCGCUCAACCAGUCAUCCACGCAUUCCUUAACCACGACGGCGAUGGCGUCUCGCACCAUCUCCUCUUGCAGCAUGUCCUCUUGCAGCAUGUCCCGAAUCGUCCGUCUCACCAAAUCCCCCAGCUCCUCCAGAAAGCAUAGCAUGUGCUUCUCGACCUCGUCAAGUUUCCCUUCCAGCUCGUCAACCUGUACAUCGAAAUUCUCCAGCUCGUCCUUGACCAGAUCUUGUUGAUGUUCCAAACCACCACAAAUCUCUUCCACCUCGCUUUGACGUUUCGCACAGCUCGUAUUCUGCUGUCGCAGUUCUUCGACUGUCUCUUGUAAUAGCUUGAUCUCAUGCCGUAAUUGGUGGUUUUCUUGUUCUUGCAUCACCUGCCGGUUUUCUUGCUCAAUAACCCGACGUGAUAAGUCGUGCAGCAGCAUGCAGCCGUCGACAUCCGCAUUUUCGAAUUCGAGUCUCCUCUUUUUUGCAUCAAGUCGUCGCACGUUGGUUGCUGAAGCCGAAGCAGAUAUCGCGACACAUGAACCUAGCGAAGACACUCGUUUGGGACUUGGCUGCGGAGACCCGCCUUCAUCCACCCAUUGGCGCACGCGCUUGAGAGCCAUCGGCGUGUCGCGAGCCUGUUCGAUGUCACCAUACUCCGGCGGCGGACACUCAAUAACGGAGUUGUCGACGUUGGCCGUGUCAGCCAGGUUCGCCAUGGGUUUCUUCCCAUCGACGGAGCCCGCGUCAUAAUGCGGAGGAGAGUUCCGUUCACGCGGAACAACGUCGAAGCCCAAUGUCGCGCACGAAUCGGUCUCUUGUCGAGAGUUACUAUCGUGGUCGUCGACGGCUAGAUCACGAUCGACGGCAGCGUCGUCAUCAUGGACGGCAAGCAUCCUGCCACCGCCGCCACCGUACAGCCUCUGCAGUUGGACCGCUCGUUGAUACGACAGAAACUCUUCUUUUGUUAACUCUGAACAUCGCUGAACAGCUUCGACGCAAACGUCAAGCAAUUUCCUGGAUAGUCGAUUGGCCGGAAUGUAUAAGGAGAAUGACGGAGAGGCCGCGAUCGAUGCAACAGUGUCAAGGACAUGUCGAGAUGGGUCGUCGAGAGCCUCGUAAUCGGGAAGUUUAUGGGGUACAAUGCGCUGUAGGUGGACGCCAUUGCGCAAGACGAAUCGAAGGUGAGUUAGGUCGCCCCUGCCGCCCUUGCGACCCAGCCGCCUGCGCAGUUCGUCAAGCUGAGGUAGGCCUCUAUCCUUCAAUUUGCAGGUCUUAUAACGGAACGAAUCGAGAUCGUCAGAUGCAAUUUGCAGAUAUAUGGGAAUUUCGUUGUGUUCGCCACCCAGGAUGGUAAAAGUGAGACGAAAACAUGCUGUUUUUGAUGAAAGGUACACGCUGGUGAACUUGACUGCCUGGUCUGCGAAUUCAUGCCGCUGUUCGCCUGGAUUUUGGUACUCCAGAAAACCUUCGACUGGCGAUAGUCGCUUGGCCAUGCUGUACGAUGUGCCGCGUUCGUUCGCGACAAGAUUCCUAGGUAUCCACGCACGGGAAGUAGCAGACGGGAGGCUGGGUACUUACUUGGUCACAGCAUUACACUUCCUCGCCAUUUGAGUUUGGAGUCCUUCACAAGUCGCCGUGGACAAGAUAAGCUCCGACGUGGCCACGAUCCAGCUCGAGGUGCGUUGGGGGCUCUUGGUCAAGUAGUAGGAUGACCAGGGCCGCGGGUCACAGAUCCAAGCCAGACGCUAUACAAAGGCCAUGGCUUGGAUGGGUUCCGACAGGAUCCCAGUCCUACUCGCGCAGAGAGUCAGGCAAGCAUUCAAGAGCGGUCGAAUGACCAGUACGUCGGAGACAGAUUGAUCGACCGACGUGAGCGUGUGCGUGUGGGACGGGAGUAGAUAAGAAGACGUUGGCGAGGGUGAACAAUAAAGUACGGUCGAGUGGGGAGUGUACGCGGGACAUGCACAAUAUAAGGAAGAGGCAGAGACAGAAAUUGGGGCUGAGGAGUGGGGAUACGUAAGCUCGGCGGCUUGUUUUUCCCCUCGUGGGAACCAGUAUCGUCAGACCAGUCCGAUUCUGCCUGAUUCGAUUAUCGGGCCCACAUUGGAUGGUGCGAGGGCGUUGAGUGG